GCGUGGCCGUCCCUGGGGCGCGGGGAGUGGGGCUCCCUUCCCUUAUGGGCUCCAAAAAUUUGCAGCCUCCAGGCCUGACCUGGUGGCGGGCCCCUGUCCCGCCUGGGUCCCCGCUGCCGCUCCUUGAGACCCGGCUGGGCCUUCCCGGGGGUCCUCUGGGGCUGGCGUCGCCCCUCCAGGAAGCGACACAUCUACGCCUGGAAGAGCGCUGGGGCCGCGCCCUUGGCCACCAGCAUUCGAUUUUAAACCGGCUUUUAGGCAUUUAGGGACGUGUCCCCCUAUCCUUUCCCCUGGUGCCCUCUUUUCACAACGCCCAGUGCCUCUUUCCGCCCAUCUCUCUAUCCACGGCCCGGUGAGCGCGGGCUCAUUCCGGAGGGUUUGGAGAGAAGCCAUCAGCCCCGAGGGGAAGUGAAGUUUUCAUCCGGAAGGGCCGAUGGGAGGAAACCCGGAGGGUCCAUUCCGUGGGAGACGUGGGGUAAGGUUUGGAUCAGUAAGGGAAGAGCUGCCCAGCUGUGAGGCUGGAGUACACGAAAGCUUUAGAUCCUCCACCCAAGAAAUAUACAAAGAAACAAAUUGGAGUCUGAGACUUUAGGCCCAGAUAAAUUGGACACUUCGGGAAAGGGGCAAUGGCUGUUGCCCUGGGUUGUGCAAUCCAGGCCUCCUUGAAUCAGGGCUCGGUGUUUCAAGAAUAUGAUACUGACUCUGAAGUCUUCCGUCAGCGCUUUAGGCAGUUCCAGUACAAAGAAGCAGCCGGGCCUCAUGAAGCUUUCAACAAACUUUGGGAGCUUUGCUGUCAAUGGCUGAAGCCAAAGCUGCGUUCCAAGGAGCAAAUCCUGGAGCUCCUAGUGUUGGAGCAAUUUCUAACAAUUUUGCCCACAGAGAUAGAGACCUGGGUGAGGGAACAUUGCCCAGAUAAUAGAGAAAGAGUUGUAUCGCUGAUAGAAGACUUACAGAGAGAACUUGAGAUACCAGAGCCACAGAUUGAUAGGCAGGAACUACUCUUGGAAGACCUCGAAGCAGUUGGAAUAGCAGACAUAUCACCAAACAUCCACGUGGACGUACCCCCACUCCAAGCACUGGGACCUGUCCCCGAGCCCCCGAUCGUAGAUGCGUGGAUCCCACAGGAGCUGAGCUACGGUGCUGCUGGGGAAGGCCAGUCCUUUCUGGACCCUGGAUAUUCAUUACCAAAGCUUGAUGUGAGCUUUCCAUUGGAGCAUAGAGAAGAUGCAUGGGUGAAAGAGCUACAAGAUUCCAAAGAAAUUAAACAAUUACUUGAAUCCAAGAUAGGUUUUGAGAUUGGGAUAGAAAAUGAAGAAGAUACUUCAAAGCAGAAAAAACUGGAAAAUAUAUACCCAUUUCUUGUUUCCUUAGAGGAUAAUGCUAAUCAUGAUCCCAUUUUGCAAAAAGAUUAUGUACAGUUAGAAAAUCAAUGGGAAAAACCCCCAGAGGAUUUACAGACAGAUUUGACAAAACUUAUAGAUCAUCAGAAUCCCUCUAUAGGAGAGAAACCUGAGAGCUCUAACUUGGAAGAACCUCUCAACCCUAGAACCCAUAAGAAAAAGAUUCCAGGAGACAAACCUCACAAAUGUUCUCAGUGUGGAAAAUGUUUUGCCCGGAAGUCACAACUUACAGGGCACCAGAGAAUUCAUUCAGGAGAGGAACCUCAUAAAUGCCCUGAAUGUGGAAAAAGAUUCCUUCGUAGUUCAGACCUUUAUAGACACCAACGACUUCAUACAGGGGAGAGACCCUAUGAAUGUACUGUGUGUAAAAAGCGAUUCACUCGGCGCUCACACCUUAUAGGGCACCAGAGAACCCAUUCUGAAGAAGAGACUUAUAAAUGCCUUGAGUGUGGGAAAAGCUUUUGCCAUGGAUCAAGUCUUAAAAGACAUCUGAAAACUCAUUCGGGUGAAAAACCUCAUAGAUGUCACAAUUGUGGGAAAAGUUUUAGUAGACUAACAGCUCUUACUUUGCACCAGAGAACUCACACAGAAGAGAGACCUUUUAAAUGUAAUUAUUGUGGGAAAAGCUUUAGACAGAGACCAAGCCUUGUUAUUCAUUUAAGAAUUCAUACAGGGGAGAAGCCAUACAAAUGUAGUCAUUGUUCUAAAAGUUUCAGACAGAGAGCAGGCCUUAUUAUGCACCAAGUCACUCACUUUAGAGGACUUCUUUAAUAAUUAUUAAAGGAAACAGGUCAUGCAGAAAUUGGCACUAACUCAAAAAUAUCUUAACUUGAAGCAGUCUGUCUUGGAAGAAUCUUUUUUGUUUGAGCUUAUAAGAACAGAUUUUCUUUCUUUUACUAUCAAAAAACCUAUCUUCCAAGGCAUGUGAAUUCUAGAGUAUCCACCUACUCUUGCAACUCAUACAACUUUCCUAGAUUUGAUGUAUUCUAUCUUUACAGCUCUUACUUUUUAAUGAAAAUGUUUGUGUCCCAAGCCAACAGUAUCAUAGAUGAAAGCAUAAAACAUAUAGGGUAGGGUCAAUAUAAUGGAUAACCAUGUCUAUCUGAUAUAUAGCAGCAUCAUAAUUAUUCUUCUGUCAUUAUUAAAGGUGGUUAUAUUAGUUUAAAGCUUUAUUUGUGUUCCAAGUGGCAAGAAAGGAGACAGUGUAUUAUGUUCAAA